CUCUCAUCAGCAUACGUUCCAAUUCUUGCAUUUCCUUACCCAUUCCACUUGCAUCUCCCACUAAAGUAUGAACCUCCUAUCCUCAUUCCUCUGCCUCACUUUAACUGCAGCGCUAUCUGCAUCUGCAGCACCUAUCAAUGAUCUCAACAAGCGCAUCAUUGGCGGCUACCUCCUUGGCUCACACGGCGCCCCCUAUGCGGUCAAGAUCGCUAUUGACAUGGGCAACAACGAGAUUCUCAGCUGUGGCGGCAGCAUUCUCACCAAGAAUCACAUCCUGACUGCCGCCCACUGCGUCGUCGACGAUGCUGGAACCGGCGUGUUGAAGCCUUCGCAGUUCACAAUCGGCUAUGGUGAUUCGCUCAUUAAAAACCAGAAGACCGUGCAAGGCACAAAGGUGUUUAUGCAUCCCGGGUUCAAGCAGCAGAAAGUAAAUGCCAACGACCUCGCCAUCAUCCAGGUACCUGACAUCAGCCUGGAUGGCAAGUCCGCCCGCGCCAUCUCCAUUUUCACCGGCUCAAUUGACGAAGGGCAGAUGCUUGUUGCCAUGGGCUGGGGCACAACCAAGACCGAUAAUGACCCAGAUUCGCUGUCAGACGAACUCAAGGCGGCGCUUGUCCAUGUCGGCGACAAAAAGAGCUGCCAGAAAUUCGAUCCGCAGUACCAGUCAUCGAAUGGCAAUAAGGUUUGCGCGCUCAACAAGUUCUCGCCCGGAAACUCGACGUGCAAGGGCGACAGCGGAUCGGCGGUGGUCAUCAAGGGGCCGGGCGGAUACUACCUGGCUGGACUUGUUAGCCAGGGCGGCCGUAGGGUCAACUCAAACUGCGGCACGCCUGAUGGAUACUCGCUGUUUACUCGCAUUUCCAGCCACCUUGAUUUCAUCGCUAGCGUAACUGGUGCAGACAACAGCACCCUGACAAAAUCCUACUAGUCCAUUUAUACAUUGUGGCAACCUGCAAGCUGGAUCUUCAGGUAAUAUACAUUGCAUCUAUCUUUU